AACCACUUCCUGGCCAUGUGGCGUCCAGGAAGCUGCCGACCAAUCAGGAGACCGCUAGCAAGUCAUGCCAGCAUCAGCAUCCUCCGCGCAUGUGUGCGCGUGCACGCGAGCGCGUGUAGCAAGUUGCAACAGCGGAGGUGGGCCGCCCCCGUCCGGAUUCCAGCAGAACCCUCCGGACGCGAGCGGGCAACCCGGCCCGUCUCUCCAUGCGCUCGGCGGCGGCGGCGGCGGCGGCGGCCAAUGGACGCCGAGGUGCUGCUGGGCCCCCCCGCCGCGGCGGACGUGAAGGGCAACGAUAAGCUGGCCGACGCCGAGUUGGAGGUGCUCAAGCUGCAGGAGCUCGUCCGCAAGCUGGAGAAGCAGAACGAGCAGCUGCGCAGCAGGGCCAACGCCGUCCACGACGGUGCCGUCGCCUCCGGCCACCAGCGCCGCCUCCUCCACCGCAAGCGCCCCCACUUCCAGACCGCAGCCUGGGAGCCUUUCCCGGCCGAGUGCCCCCGGGAGCCCUUCGCCUAUUUGCAGCCCGGCUCGGAGGAGGACGAGGAGGAGGAGGAGGAGGAGGAGGAUGGAGGCGCGACGGUCCUGGAUCUGGUGGACAUAUUGGACCUCAGCACCGCGCUCGCAGUCUCCGAACCGGAUCGCUGGCUUUACGUGAGCGCCAGAGCCAAGCCGCGCGACGGCGGCGGCGGCGGCGGCGGCCUCAGUCCUCUCCAGUGGUGCAGGCAGGUCCUGGACCACCCGGCACCAGAAGUGCAGCUGGCGAGGAUGACGCUGUGCCACAGAUUGGACCAAGCCGAGCGGUGGCGAGGAGCCUCCUGCGUCCGACCGUACGGCUGCAUCGACGGGCUGUCCGUCCUCAGCUGCCCGGUGCCGCCUUACACCAAACCUGCUGCGAUCACCGAGACCGCAGCUCGGGCGCCGCCGCCGCCGCCGCCGCCGUCAUGGUCCGGCCCCGCCCUCCCGCUCAGGCCCAGCCUCGGCUUGGACAGAGGCCCCACCUUCCUGUCCAACUCCAGCCUGCACAAUGUCGGCCGGCGGCGAGCGUGCGUCAGCCCUCAGUCUUCCCUGGACAGCGAGGCGGGCAUUUCGGAGCUGGAGGACGACUCCAUCUCCAUGGGCUACAAACUGCAGGACAUGACGGACGUGGAGGUCAUGGCCCGCCUUCAGGAGGAGAGCCUGCGUCAGGACUACGCGUCUACCUCGGCGACCGUCAGUCGACGCCGCUCCAGCUUCUCCCUGAACUCGCUCUGGCGCGGCGGCGCAGACCCGGAGGAGGACGACGAGGACGAGGACGAGGGUUACGACCAGCUCCCUCCUCCGCAGCCUCGACUCUUGCGCGCGGGCACGGUGCAGCGCGGCGGCCUGCCGCACUCGCACACCUUCUCCAGCUUCAGAGACUGCAGGCGCGGCUCGGCCGCCUCGACCUUCUCGCUCGGGGGGCUGGCGCCGUACGCGGCGGGCGCCGGCCUGAGCGGAGAAACGCACGCGGCUUACAGGAACGGCGCAGACAUACGGCUGCGGAGAAGCAUGCCCAACCUGAUGCGAGCCCCCAGCAUGCCGAGCGUUCCCAGUAUGCAAUGCCUGGCGUCGCCCGUCAACCCCCCGUCCCACGGCCCCUCCUCCCUGCCGACCGUGUCCUCCCUGCGCGGCAGCCUCAGCUUUGACUCGUCCAGCGGCCUCGCACGCCUCCAGUCGUCCAUUCCUUCUCCGGGCCAGCUGAGUCAGCGCGUCCAGAGCGUCGGCAACUUCUCCGCUGCCGCUCGUCAGCCGCUCAAAGCCACCGCCUACGUCAGCCCCACCGUCCUGCAGGGCCCCUCCGCCGGCCCGCACUCCGUCCCCGGCAGCGCGGCAGCGCCUCAGCCCCUCAAGCCCGCCGCCGGCUCGGUACCGCAGCCCGUAAAGACCCCCGGCGCCGCCCAGUCCGCUGUCCCCCGCAGCUCGCUCCCUCGCCCCGCCUCCUUCGUGGGCCUCGGCGGAGCUCUGCGUUCCAGCAAAAUCACACAACCCACACGCAGUUUGCUGACGCCCCCGAAGAGCCUCACCUCUCUAAGCACCCUGAGGGACGCCAGCUGGAAAGAUGGCUGCUAUUAAAAUCCCACAGGUAUCGUCAUAACCAUAAUAAUGAUAACAAUAAUACUGAUAACAGGGUCGAUAACGCUGCAUUACUGAUUACUGACUUUGUUUUUGGGUCUUCUUUGAGGGAUGAAGUCAAUGGAUCCAGCAGGCUGGAUCGUAAAAACAAUAAAGCAGGGGUGGGGAACCUGCCACCCGUGGGCCAGAUACGGCCCACCGCAGCAUUUGAGCAGGACCAAAAACAGAUCAAAUCUCAGAGCAAGUGUUGUAAAAAAUAAGUCCCCAAAGGUAGUAGUGUAUAAUAAUAGACGUGUUUGAUGGUUGUAUCCUAUUUUUCUUAUGCAUUUGGAAGGACUGUAUAAAACUGAAAAGACCUCUGAUAGGAAAAAGGUUCCCCACCCCUGUGAGAGACAGACACUUGCAAUAUUGGGCUAACCAGUUGUUAAAUGUGAACUCUUGAUCGGUCGCCUGCGAGCUCAACGAAACGCUUUUGUACAUGCUUUUUGUCACUGUGGUGUAAAAAAAAAAUGAUGACAACUGUUUUGCUACGUCGUGUCCCUGUUUUGGAAUUGGUGUCACAUUCCAUCAUAUUCAUAUCUCUUCUAUUUACUGGCCUCAUCUCGCAGCACUUUUAUCGAAAUGAUGUGAAUAACACUGGAGGUUUUUGUUUCGUCUGAGUUGCUCAAACGACGGCCGUUCUUUGAUGUGAGUUUCGACGUGUUUUUAAUGGAUUUUUCUUUUGAAAAAAAGAUAUUUUCAUUCAUGUGACAGCUGCAAUGAUAUCGCACAUCAUAUAUCACUGAUGAGUUCCGCCGUAUGUAUGACGAGGAGUUGAGGGAGACGGUGAAUUUUUCAAAGUGAAAUAAAAGCUUUUGGAAAACA